CUCCCCGCCGCCGGUCCGGCGCUCCGCCGCUGCCGCGGCCCCGCCGCCGCAGCCGUCCACAGCCACGGCUUCCCCCGCCCGGCGCCAUGGCCGCUGCGGCCGGGGACGGCGCGGUGAAGCCGCUGCAGUGCGCCAUGAAGCUGGCCAACGGGGCCAUCGAACUGGACACCGGCAACCGGCCCCGGGAGGCAUAUACAGAAUACCUGAGGAGCAUCCAUUAUAUCUCCCAGGUGCUGCUGGAAGAAGUGGAAACCACCAAAGGUGGAGAAAUUGUGGCUCCAGACACCUCAAAGAUGCUGAAACUGGCUGAGCAGUGUCUGGAGAGGGCCCAGUCCACAGCUGCCAAGCUUGGGAAAACACACCUGAAGCCAGCUAUGCCUGUGGCUGCUCCUGUCCCCUCAUCUACCAGCCGACAUCGCCGGGUGUACUCAGACGAAGGGGGGAAACUAUCUCCGUUUCUGCCGCCUGAGAUCUUCCAGAAGCUUCAGGUGGUAGAGUCACAAAGUUCUAAGAAGGAGCUGACACCUCUGGAGGAGGCUUCUCUGCAGAAUCAGAAGUUGAAGGCUGCCUAUGAGGCACGGAUGGCCCGCCUGGACCCCAGCCAGGCCAUGCAGAAGACAUCCCUGACUCUGUCCCUGCAGCGGCAGAUGAUGGAGAACCUCGUGAUCGCCAAAGCUCGGGAGGAGACACUGCAGAGAAAGAUGGAGGAGCGCCGGCUACGGCUCCAGGAGGCAGCCAACAGCCUCGUCUCUCUCCCCAGGAGGUUCUGCAGUCAAGUUGCCCUGACCCCGGAGGAGCGGGAGCAGCGGGCCCUCUAUGCUGCUAUCCUCGAGUACGAGCAAGACCAUAGAGGGCACAGACCAUGUGGCACUGGUCUCCCCGGGUGCAGCCGUGGCUGGGAAGGACACAGGGACCCGGCCAUGUUCCCCAGAGUCUUCUGCCCUGCAGGACUGGCCCAAGCACUGGAGGGCCCAGCUCAAGAAGAGCCCAGGGGACCUGUCGCUAGUGACCAGCCUGGUCUCCCACCUACUCAGCUCUUGAAGAAGCUCCAGUGUGCGGUGUACCGGGCACUGUACCCCAUCGUGAGCAGGGGCGCUGUUGGUGCCGCCUCUGCCCCUGGCUGCUGCUCCUUGCCCCCGGACGCCGACGGGCUGCUGGCUCCUGGAAGCCGGCGGCUCCGGCCCUCACAGAGCCUCUACUGCAUGCUAUCCCCUGCAGAUCCCAGCCCAGCCCCACGGCCCCCAGAUGGCACCCAUGCCAGUCCCCCUACACCCCCUCCCCACACUGGCCCCCCUGAAAGAGGGCUGGACAGCAGCCCUGUGGGGCCUCCCUCACCCCUGGCGCACAGCUUCACCGCUGUACAGGGCAAAGACAGCUCCUUUGAAGACCUCGAACACUUCUUGGCUACUUCUGAGGGGUGGGGCCGGGGGCAUGGGAGGCCACCUGAGCCCCAAACAACAGGGGUGAAGAAGGAGCCGCUGCUGGAGCAGCUGAAGAGUGCUGUGAAGGACAUACACAACGCUAUCGGUGAGGGCCAGCGUGCCUGCAGGACGGACAGGCUGCUCUCGCUGACCCUCCUGGCUUUCGAAGGCCUGAGUGCGGCUGCCUCCAAGGACCGGUGCCUAGCCUGCAUCGAGGAACCCUUCUUCUCUCCUCUGUGGCCCUUGCUGCUGGCACUCUACAGGAGUGUGCACCGCCUCCGGGAGGCUGCCCUGAGCAGGAGCAUGGAACUCUACAGGAAUGCACCCCCAGCAGCCAUAGGGAUACCCUCGAAGCUUCUCCCCCGGGACCUGGAGGCCACAGGAGCUGGUGCCUACCCCUACUGUGCUGCAGCCCAAGAGCUAGGCUUGCUGGUUCUGGAGAGCUGCCCCCAGAAGAAGCUGGAGUGCAUUGUGCGGGUCCUGCGGGUCAUCUGCGCCUGUGCCGAGGACUACUACCGGGCCCAGGAGGCUGCACCUGAGGCCAGACCCCAGCUUGGUGCUGCAGCCAUUGGUGCCGAUGACCUCCUGCCCAUCUUGUCCUUCGUGGUGCUGAGAAGUGGUCUCCCCCAGUUGGUGUCAGAGUGUGCAGCCUUGGAGGAGUUCAUCCAUGAGGGAUACCUGAUCGGAGAGGAGGGCUACUGCCUGACGUCACUACAGAGUGCCCUGAGCUACGUGGAGCUGCUGCCCCGGGGGGCUCUGGGCAAGUAGCGGAGGACCAUCCAGGAGGCACCUACUCUGGCAGGGUUGGGGCUCUGCAGCUCUGCACCUGCCCUGACAUCCACCCCCAGGGACUCGAGGAGGCACCUCAUUUGCUCAGAGAGUAGAGCUGAGCUGAAGCAGCUCCUAGGAACUAGGCCUGUCUCUUUCUUGUCUCAGCCUGAGCCUUUCUUGUCUCAGCAGGAAUACCAGAGCUGUGGGCUGCCUGGGGCCUGUGCACAUGUCCUCACAGUCCCAUCAACCCCACAGUAGGGAGGGGGCCAUGGGCCUGGCAGAGGGCAGGUCUGGUUUUCUCUCCCUUUCCAUCUCUGGUGAUAGUUGGCUUCUGGUGUCAUCCCUUUUCUUGGUGGAGUCAAGAUGAGAGCCUCUCCCCAUCCCCUGCCCCCACCCCAAGGCCUGGGGCCCAGGUGGCUUGAAACUAUACUGUUUGUUUGUUUGUUUGUUUUUCUAUACUGUUUACUUACUGGGUAUUGACCACUCCAUUCUCCUCUGGAGCCCAGGCAUCCCCAGGGUACCCACUCACGUCUGGAGCCUCUGAGCCAUUCCCACCUCGGCAGUAGGCAUUGGCCUUCCUGGACCCCUGGCUAAUUCCCACCCCCGCAUGUCCCCUUCUGGGUCAGUGUGAGCCCAAGGAUCAGUGCCUGCCUACAGCCCAGUGUCCACUCUGACUGUUACAUGCCCCGGGCAGCCAUUGACACAGCCAAAAAUAAAGAGGUCACUGAUGUCUCA